AUGAAGCCCGGCGAGGGAGCCGAGGAGGCCGCCGAAGCGGAGCGGGAGCCGCUCAACCCGGAGUCCUCGGAGACGUUGGGCGUCUCGGCCACCUACCGCGAGUUCGUGCGCCGCAGCUACCUGGAGCUGAUGAGCGCCAACCAGCACUCCCUCCAUGCUCUCAACUGGCGCCGCCUCUACCUCAGCCGGGCCAAGCUCAAGGCUUCCAGCCGCACCUCCGCCCUCCUCUCCGGCUUCGCCAUGGUGGCUAUGGUGGAAGUGCAGCUCGAGGACUACAACUACCCCUGGGAGCUGCUGGUGGCCUUCAGUGCCUGCACCACCGUGCUGGUGGCCGUCCACCUCUUUGCCCUCAUGGUGAGCACCUGUAUCCUGCCCAACAUUGAGGCCGUCAGCAACAUCCACAACCUCAACUCAGUCAACGAGUCGCCCCACGAGCGCAUGCACCACUACAUCGAGCUGGCCUGGGGCUUCUCCACCGCCUUGGGUAUCUUCCUCUUUCUGGCUGAGGUGGUGCUGAUCUGCUGGGUCAAGUUCAUGCCCAUCGGCAGGGUUCCCCCAGCCAGGAAAUGUUGCACCACCGCUCCAAUCCUUGCCGGUAGCGCUGUCCCGACGGCGGCCACUCAGGACAACUCUGGCUGGAACGCUGCCAUGGCUUCUACUGUGAUCAUGGUCCCCGUCGGGGUGGUUUUCAUCAUCUUUGCUUUGCACUUCUACCGCUCCCUGGUGGGCCACAAAACUGACCGGCACCAGCAAGAAUUGGAGGAACUCAACCAGAUCAAAUAUCAGCUGGAUGGGGAAGCCACGGCCCUGCAGGUGGUGUGA